UGUCCUCGGUAAUGUCAUUAUCAGCAAAUAAUCUCUACAAAGGAUACGAUCGUGCGUUCUGCGUGAGGAUGAAAUCCACCUUAACGAAAAGGGGGUGCCAUUUUAAGUCUUCUGGUUAUAGGGUCGUGUUGUUACUGUGCCGUUUGAGACCGCAGUAUACGUUUAGCCAUACAAGAAAGUCCGCGCCACCAUUGAUAGGCAUGGUCGGCCUGGCGAUCGCACUUCCUCCGCCAAGUGUGCACGAAAUUCGCCUCGAAACUGACAUGUUCGUCACACGGAUCAAUUUCGACUUUCGGAUAGCACAUUGCGAGCCAAGUGAUUCACAAGGGACAAGUCUUGACACAUUAUUAUAGAUUGAUGAACAAAAGCGGAGGAUACACGUGGCUGCAGACGUGCGCCACGGUAGUGUGCAAUUCGAAAAACGCCGAGGAGCAGAAUAUCAUCUGUGUCAAUUAUGUUAUAAGCGGUCGAGAGUACGAAAACUUAAUCAUGGAUUGUUGUCAACUGGAAGAGGGUGUGAUGGGUGUGAAGCGUGAGGACGCAGCUGGCAACGAUCCAGAAAAUGGAUCGCCAGAUGCCGACAGAGGAGAGGGGAGGAAUCACGGUGGACCAUCGAACCAGCAUCAGGAACACCCUCACAGAUCGCCACCAGAAGAUCGGGAAGAUACUCGCGGCUCAGAGAGCGAGAAACGAGGCAGCAGGCACCACGACAAUAUAGCUCAGUUGCAGCAAGAGCCGCAGACAGCGGUCGGGAACAUUAGCACGCUCGUAGUGAAAUUGCGCGGGCACAAGCGGAAGCUGCACACAGAGGAGGACAGCAGCUCGAACGAGGAAGAGGACGAGGAGGACGACUCAACGGUGAAAGUCACGAAUAACGAGAGAAGCCACGCUCUAAGUCCAGCUCCAUCAAACCAUUCAAUUUCAGGAGGUGAGCAAGUACUAUGCUCGGCCAGUCCGAAAUCGAGACGCGUGGAUGAUAGAACGAGCAACGCCGACAGUACCGGCACCUCCGUGAAAGAUCUAGAACAAGCGAUGUCCAAGCAUCUGCCGGUUCAAAGGCACCUGAGCCCGCAACAGUCGACUACCGCUCCACUGCCAGCGUCGGCUCUUCUACGGCAAUUGUACGCCAACAGGGAGAGCGUGAUACGGGCUAACGUUCACGGGAUCACGUCCAGCAGUAGUACAAGAACCUCUUCUUCCGGUGGGACGUAUUACGCCGGGGACACGACACCCAGCGGCCCUCUGCCCACCCCGCCUGGCUCCGAAGGAUCCAGCACUUACGGCGAACAUCAGUUCGUACUAGCAACGCACAAUCAGAAGAGCUCCACUGGAACAAGUUGCGCCGAUGCGUUCACGAGUCUGGUUUCCUCGUACUCGACCGGCAGCGGUUACACAGUCGAUUAUCACUCGGCCAUGACACCGCCGUCGUCCGUUUCACCGCGAGACAAGCAACAACAACAGCAGCAGCAGCAGCAACAGCUGCAUCCGGUGAACGUAAUCAGCAGCUACGAAGGCUCGUCGGCAUACACCGACCCGGUGUUGCGACACCAAUACGAGCCAGCGCAACCAUUGCCUUUGAAGCCACAAGUGUACUCGGCUGCCGUUCAUCCGAGCGCGUUGGACGCUGCUGCGGCGUACGCCACGGCUGGUUUAACCGAGCAAGCGCAAUUUUACCAUCACCCAGCCGCCGGCGCUGGCUUCCACAUUUACCAUCCGACGAACAAGUCGACGACGAACGGUUGGUACAGUUCGACGUCC